AUGGCUGAAUGGUUAAAGCGCCCAACUCAUAAUUGGAGAAUACUUAAUAAUACGGCGAAACAUUUAUACAAAACACCUAUCCCGAGCACACGCAAGGGAACCGUAGACAGGCAAGUGAAAUCCAAUCCACGAAAUAAUUUGAUCCAUGGACGGCACCGUUGUGGUAAAGGUCGUAAUUCCAGAGGAAUCAUUACCGCAAGGCAUAGAGGGGGAGGUCAUAAGCGCCUAUACCGUAAAAUAGAUUUUCGACGGAAUCAAAAAGACAUAUCUGGUAGAAUCGUAACCAUAGAAUACGACCCUAAUCGAAAUGCAUACAUUUGUCUCAUACACUAUGGGGAUGGUGAGAAGAGAUAUAUUUUACAUCCCAGAGGGGCUAUAAUUGGAGAUACUAUUGUUUCUGGUACAAAAGUUCCUAUAUCAAUGGGAAAUGCCCUACCUUUGACCGAUAUGCCCUUAGGCACGGCCAUGCAUAACAUAGAAAUCACACGUGGAAGGGGUGGGCAAUUAGCUAGAGCAGCAGGUGCUGUAGCGAAACUCAUUGCAAAAGAGGGUAAAUCGGCCACUUUAAGAUUACCAUCUGGGGAGGUCCGUUUAGUAUCCCAAAAUUGCUUAGCAACAGUCGGACAAGUGGGUAAUGUUGGGGUGAACCAAAAAAGUUUGGGUAGAGCCGGAUCUAAGUGUUGGCUAGGUAAACGCCCCGUAGUAAGAGGGGUAGUUAUGAACCCUGUGGACCACCCCCAUGGGGGCGGUGAAGGGAAAGCUCCCAUUGGUAGAAAAAAACCCACAACCCCUUGGGGUUAUCCUGCGCUUGGAAGAAGAACUAGGAAAAGGAAAAAAUAUAGCGAUAGUUUUAUUCUUCGUCGCCGUAAGUAAAUACGUAACUAGGAAUAUGGAAAAUUGCAUUUUUGGAAUUUGCAAUAAUGCGAUGGGCGAACGACGGGAAUUGAACCCGCGCAUGGUGGAUUCACAAUCCACUGCCUUGAUCCACUUGGCUACAUCCGCCCCUUAUCCAGCUAAAGGAUUUUUUUCUUUUUUCCGUUGAUCAUUAUUCUAUUUAUUCUGACCUCCGUACUUCGAUCGAGAUAUUGGACAUAGAAUGCCACUCUUUAAAAAGGAAAAAAGGAGUAAUCAGCUGUGACACGAAAAAAAACGAAUCCUUUUGUAGCUCAUCAUUUAUUGGCAAAGAUAGAAAAGGUCAAUAUGAAGGAGGAGAAAGAAACAAUAGUAACGUGGUCCCGGGCAUCUAGCAUUCUACCCACAAUGGUUGGCCAUACAAUUGCGAUUCAUAAUGGAAAGGAACAUAUACCUAUUUACAUAACAAAUCCUAUGGUAGGUCGCAAAUUGGGAGAAUUCGUGCCUACUCGGCAUUUUACGAGUUAUGAAAAUGCAAGAAAGGAUACUAAAUCUCGUCGUUAACUGAAUUCUGAAUAGAAAGAUUAA